AGGGCUGUGGACUGCAUACAUAAAACAUCAUCUGCAGAAUACUUUGACCUGGUUGUGUUUUUCAUAAAAAAUGUAGCAAGCAAGGCAAUUGGGCACUCAGUAAAAAUACCCAUAUUACCACAUUGUGAAUCUAGAUAGAAAAAUAGCACAGUAUGGCUUAAUCCCCACCAAGUCUGAAUCCAAAGCAUUAGGGAUUUCUUCUUAUUGACUUCAUUAUGAUUAAUUACUAUUUUUUAAAAGUUCAGUAGACUUGUUUUGCUGUGAUCCUACCUUCUCAAGAGUCCAGGUGUGCAGGUUCCACGGCGAUAAGAAGGCCUUGCCCCCCUAUAAAGUGCUGCUCAGAGCUUCACCUGGCGCUCCUUCAUGUGAAAGCAAGAUGGGGAAGGUGCUGCUGUGGGUCGGUGAGUCAUUUAUAAUAUUUUGUAUACUGCCUCUCUUAAGGUUUGUAUGGUGGGAUUUCAUUUCACAGACACCAAGAAUGGUGCUUUGUUAAGCUACAUAGCACAAUUUUUCCAUUACUUUGGACUCUCUUCUCUGUUCUUUGCAGGUUUGGCUGUUUUGCUGCAGUUGCAAAUCAGCUCGGCAUGCAAACUUGUAUGCUAUUUCACCAACUGGGCUCAGUAUAGGCCAGAGCCAGCCAAAUACUUCCCAAACAAUGUGGACCCACAACUCUGCACCCACCUGAUCUAUGCUUUCGCUACGAUGAAUGAAAAUAAGAUUGCCCCUUAUGAAUGGAAUGAUGAAGACAGGCUCUUCCCAGAGUUUACUGCACUGAAACAAAAGAAUUCCGAACUGGUUCAGCUGUUGGCUAUCGGAGGGUGGAAUUUCGGCACUCAGAAAUUCACCACAAUGGUCGCCACAGCUGCCAACCGAAAGACCUUCAUUGAUUCAGUGAUAGCUUAUCUCCGCAAAUUUAAUUUUGAUGGGAUUGACUUGGACUUUGAAUACCCGGGCUCUAGAGGCAGCCCCCCUGAGGAUAAGCAACGGUUUACCAUCUUGAUUCAGGAAAUGUUGGAGGCCUUUACAGCUGAGGCUGCCAGCACAGGUCGCCCCAGACUGCUAAUCACAGCAGCUGUGUCUGCAGGGAAAGGAACCAUUGACGCUGGGUACGAAAUAGCCGCAAUAGGAAAGCUCCUGGAUUUCAUCAGCGUGAUGACAUAUGACUUCCAUGGCGGCUGGGACACCUUCACAGGCCACAACAGUCCAUUGCAUGUGGGAUCCAAAGACCAGGGUGACUUAAAGUAUUUCAACUGUGAGUUUGCAAUGAAAUACUGGAGAGACAACGGUGUUCCAGCUAACAAGCUUCUCAUGGGAUUUCCCACCUAUGGACGCACUUUCAGGCUUACUACCAGUGAUACAUCUGUGGGUGCUCCUGCCUCUGGGGCUGGCUCUUCUGGACCUUAUACUAGAGAAGCUGGGUUCUGGGCCUACUAUGAGAUCUGCACAUUCAUAAGAGAUGCCACGGUUAGUUGGAUUGAAGACCAGAAGGUGCCAUAUGCCUACAAAGGGAACGAAUGGGUUGGCUUUGACAAUGCCAAGAGUUAUGAGUUCAAAGCCCAGUUUGUGAAGGAUAAUAAGUUUGGGGGUGCCAUGGUAUGGGCAAUUGAUUUGGACGACUUCAGUGGUGGAUUCUGUGGUGAAGGAGCCUACCCAUUGAUAAAAAAACUGAAGAGUCUCCUUGCAGGAGGCUGUGGUGAUGUUCCAACCGUUGAUCCUCCCACCAUACCUCCUGAUGAAACUACUACUCUUCCUGAUGACGUAACACCACCUCCUGAAGAAACCACUACUCAGGUUCCUGAUGAAACAACUCCUAAGCCAAGUGAAAAUCCUGAUGAGGGUGGCCAUUCCUGCAAAAUUGUGUGCUAUUUCACCAACUGGGCUCAGUACCGCCCUGAACCAGCCAAGUACUUUCCAAACAACGUGGACCCACAUCUUUGCACUCACCUCAUGUAUGCGUUUGCAACUAUGAACGACAAUAAGAUUGCCCCUUAUGAGUGGAAUGAUGAGGACAGGCUCUUCCCAGAGUUCCAAGCGCUAAAGCAGAGUAAUCCUGCCUUGGUGACAUUGCUGGCUAUUGGAGGGUGGAACUUUGGUACACAGAAAUUCACUACCAUGGUUUCCACUGCAGCCAACCGCAAGACUUUCAUAAACUCGGUUAUAGCAUACCUCCGCAAAUUUGGCUUUGAUGGGAUUGAUCUGGACUUCGAAUAUCCAGGUUCUAGGGGUAGCCCCCCUGAGGACAAGCAUCGUUUCACUAUCCUGAUCCAGGAAAUGGUAGCAGCUUUUGACAAAGAGGCCAAAGAGACUGGGAACAACAGGUUGUUGGUGACAGCAGCUGUCUCUGCUGGUAAACCGACCAUUGAUGCUGGAUAUGAAAUUGAAGAAAUAGGAAAACAUCUGGAUUUUAUUAGUGUGAUGACCUAUGACUUCCAUGGUGGCUGGGACACCUUUACAGGGCACAACAGCCCACUGUACGUUGGUUCAGCUGAUAUUGGAGACUUCAGAUAUUUCAACUGUGAGUUUGCCAUGAAAUACUGGAGAGACAAUGGUGUUCCUGCUGGGAAGCUUCUCAUGGGAUUUCCCACCUAUGGACGUACCUUUAGGCUUACUACCAGUGAUACAUCAGUGGGCGCUCCUGCUUCUGGGGCUGGCUCUUCUGGACCAUACACCCGUGAAGCUGGUUUCUGGGCUUACUAUGAGAUCUGUACCUUUAUAAGGGAUGCUACAGUUAAAUGGAUUGAAGACCAGUGUGUUCCCUAUGCUUACAAAGGUUCUGAGUGGGUUGGAUUUGACAACAAAAAAAGCUAUGGAUGCAAAACCCAGUUUGUGAAGGACAACAAAUUUGGUGGUGGCAUGGUAUGGGCUAUUGACCUGGAUGACUUCAGUGGCUCAUUCUGUGGUGAAGGACCUUACCCUCUCAUAAAUGAGCUGAAGAACCUACUUUCAGGCAAAGUUUGUGGUGAGCCAGGAAGCACCAUAAUACCAUCAACCACUCCUGAACCUAUUACUACUCCGGGGCCUACAACCACACCUGAUCCAGAUGCUCCCACCACUCCUCCUGGAACAGAAUUUUGUGCAAACAAAGCUGAUGGCAUGUAUGUUAAUCCAGAUGAUCCCAAUAAAUUCUACAUUUGUGCUGGAACUGCAACAUUCCCCAUGUCUUGUGCAGCUGGCCUGGUCUUUGAUGAAAGUUGUAAGUGUUGCAACUGGCCAUUGAAUUAAGGACUCUCAGAUGCAAGGUGCUAACAGCAACCACCUCUUCUUACAAUGCCUGUAGCACCUCCCUUCAUAUGGAGCAAUAAAAAUUAUUCAUGGAU